CUUACGUCCGACCAACAGGGAUAUAAAAUGAAGAAGGCCUCGGAAGAAAUAAAAUCCGAAUAUUUGGAAAUUCAUCUGGAAGACGAAGAAGAUAACGAAUUCGAAAGAUAUAAGACGUCAAUACAGCAUAAUCGAGAUGAGUGUACUAAUCCCGUCGAAUGGUGGGGUCGACGUAAAAGCGAGCUGCCCAACAUGGCUGAACUUGCGAAAAAGUAUUUGGCCAUUCCCAU